AAAUUGUAACUUGCUGGAAACUGCAAACCAGUAGCGAAAUGGCUCCCACAAAGGAACGUCUCCACAGCCUUAUGCACUUGUUCAUAGCAUGCCUCCUCAAGCUUAGCACCGCAGCGCCUUGCCUGCCGGAUCAGGCUUCUUCUCUCCUCCAGCUAAAAGCUUCCUUCUUCAUUGGUGACAGCCUACCAUCAUGGCAAGCUGGAACGGAUUGCUGCCACCACUGGGAGGGCGUCACCUGUGACGUGGCCUUCGGAAGAGUCAUUUCUCUUGACCUCGGUGAGUUCGACCUGAUGAGCAGUCGUCUUGAUCCUGCGUUGUUCAACCUCACUUCUCUCAGGAACCUCAGCCUUGCAUUCAAUGACUUUAGGGGAGCCUCGCUCCCGGCUUCUGGGUUCGAGCGGCUCACGGAUAUCAUCCACCUCAACCUCUCGUACACCUAUUUUUUUGGUCAGAUCCCAAUUGGAAUUGCCUGCCUUAAGAACCUUGUCACCAUUGACUUGUCUAGUAAUUAUGGUUUGUAUUUUGAGCGGCCAAGUUUCAAAACUUUCAUGGCAAAUAUGAGCAACCUGCGGGAGCUUUAUAUUGAUCAAGUGGAUUUAUGUAGCAGUGGAUCGACUUGGUCCACUGUUUUAGCAGAUUCCGUUCCCCAGCUACAGGUUCUUAGCUUGUUUAAGUGUUAUAUAUCAGGUCCUAUCCACCCUUCAUUCUCAAGGCUUCGCUCACUUACGACGAUCAACUUGGGAUACAAUAUGUUUGAAGGGCAUUUUCCAACAAAAAUCUUCCAGCUAAAAAGUUUGAGGACGCUUGAUUUGUCCGCUAACCCCAUGCUUUCUGUGAGGUUAACACACUUCCCAGCUGGAAAUAAUUUGGAAACACUAAAUCUAGCAGGGACCAAUUUCUCUUGUGACAUGCCGUCCUCGUUUGGCAAUCUUGAGCAUUUAAAGAAUUUGGGGCUUAACACGAUGGACAUUGAUGAUAAACUCUCCGCUUUGAUAUCUAAGCUUCCAUCAUUGGAUGACCUGCAACUCAUGGGACCAGAUACGAAGAAUCCGAUAUUAUCUUGGGUCAGCAAUAUUACCCAAUUGACACACCUAAUGUUUGAUGGUUAUGACUUCUCUAAAUCGAUUCCCACUUGGAUCGGCAAACUGACAUGGCUGGAAGGUUUGAUAAUAGUGGAUUGCAGUUUCUCCAUGCCAAUACCAUACCAGAUCGGAAAUCUUACAAGAUUGGCAGAUCUGGUGUUCUGGAACUGUGACUUCUUUGAGCAGAGAAUGCCAUCAUGGAUAGGCAAUCUUACAAAGUUGGUCUCUUUCAGCAUUCAUGAUUGCAAUUUCUCUGGACCAAUACCCUCAACAAUUGGGAACUUGAUCCAACUUGAGGAGCUGGUGGUCUGGUCUUCUCACAUAAGCGGUGAGACUAUGUCCCGACUGCUUUCUUCUUAG